AUGAUCCUUAUCUAUCUAUUUACCACAUUCAAUUCUAAUAUUAUCUAUCUAUCUAUCUAUCUAUCUAUCUAUUACAGUAAAUUCUUAUAUAUGUUCCUUAUCUAUCUAUUUACCACAUUCAAUUCUAAUAUUAUCUAUCUAUCUAUCUAUCUAUCUAUCUAUCUAUCUAUCUAUCUAUCUAUCUAUUACAGUCAAUUCUUAUCAUAUAUGUUCCUUAUCUAUCUAUUUACCACAUUCAAUUCUAAUAUUAUCUAUCUAUCUAUCUAUCUAUCCCACACUAUCUAUGUCAACCUAUUUCUACGACUAGAGUAUUCUCACGUAAUAAACGUAAGCAUCAAUAACUGUUUCCGCUUACACCACCAACAAUACUUACGCAAACUCGGGCAACACAUUUACUAUCUAUCUAUCUAUCUAUCUAUCUAUCUAUCUAUCUAUCUAUCCCGAUAUCUGCCAAUGCCAUUAGUUUACUAUCUAUCUAUCUAUCUAUCUAUCUAUCUAUCUAUCUAUCUAUCUAUCUAUCUGUCUAAACUAAUCUAUCUAUCUAUCUAUUUAUCUAUCCCGAUAUCUGCCUAUGCCAUUAGUUUACUAUCUAUCUAUCUAUCUAUCUAUCUAUCUAUCUAUCUAUCUAUCUAUCUAAACUAA